AUAUUUUUUUUUGCCAUUUUGGGCCUAUAAUUACAUACUAUCUAAACUCUCAAGCCGAUACUGAAGAAGAAUGUGGAAGCUGAAGACGGCGGAAGGCGGGAGCCCAUGGCUGCGGACGCUGAACGGCCACGCCGGCCGGCAGUUUGCUAAGGAGAACCCCAUAAGUACACUGUUACCACAAGUAACAAUGAAGGACAAUGAAGAUGUUACGAGAGAUAAAGUAACUACUACCCUGAAAAGAGCAUUGACUUUCUACUCAAGUAUACAAGCUGAUGAUGGUCAUUGGCCAGGAGAUUAUGGAGGUCCAAUGUUUCUAAUGCCGGGUUUGGUCAUUGCUCUUUCUAUCACUGGUGCAUUGAAUACAGUGUUAUCGAAAGAACAUAGACGCGAGAUGUGCCGUUAUCUUUACAAUCACCAGAAUAGUGAUGGUGGCUGGGGUUUGCAUAUUGAAAGCCAUAGUACCAUGUUGGGUUCUGUUUUGAGCUAUGUUACCUUAAGGCUGCUUGGAGAGGGAGCUAAUGAUGGAGGUGGAGCAAUGGAGAAGGGUCAGAAAUGGAUUUUGGAUCGUGGUGGUGCUACUUAUAUAACAUCGUGGGGGAAAAUGUGGCUCUCAGUGCUUGGUGUAUUUGAAUGGUCUGGAAAUAACCCCCUUCCUCCAGAGAUAUGGCUUCUUCCCUAUAUUCUUCCAAUCCAUCCAGGAAGAAUGUGGUGCCACUGUAGGAUGGUUUAUCUGCCUAUGUCCUACUUGUAUGGUAAAAGAUUUGUUGGUCCAGUUACACCAACAGUUUUAUCUUUGAGGAAGGAGCUGUUCCCAAUCCCUUAUCAUGAAAUUAACUGGGACCAGGCACGAAACCAAUGUGCAAAGGAAGAUCUCUUUUACCCUCAUCCUGUAGUACAGGACAUACUGUGGGCAGCCCUUGAUAAGCUUGUUGAACCUUUUUUGAUGUGUUGGCCUGGGAACAAGUUGAGAGAUAAAGCUCUUCGCACUGUAAUGGAGCAUAUACAUUACGAAGAUGAAAACACUAGAUACAUAUGCAUUGGCCCUGUGAACAAGGUAUUAAAUAUGCUUUGCUGCUGGGUUGAAGAUCCUAAUUCAGAAGCUUUCAAACUGCAUCUACCAAGGCUCUACGAUUACAUUUGGGUUGCCGAAGAUGGCAUGAAAGUGCAGGGAUAUAAUGGCAGCCAAUUAUGGGACACUGCAUUUGCUGUUCAAGCAAUCAUUUCUACAGACCUUGUUAAAGAAUAUGGCAAAACUUUGAGGAAAGCACAUGAAUACAUAAAGAACUCCCAGGUAUUAGAUGACUGCCCAGGAAAUCUCGACAGCUGGUAUCGUCAUAUCUCUAAAGGAGCUUGGCCUUUCUCGACUGCAGAUCAUGGAUGGCCCAUAUCAGAUUGUACUGCAGAGGGAUUGAAAGCAUCUCUUGCAUUAUUAAAAUUACCGCCAGAAGUUGUUGGGGAGCCAUUAGACACCAAGGGCUUGUAUGAUGCUGUAAAUGUUAUUCUCUCGUUACAGAACCCAAAUGGGAGCUAUGCAACCUAUGAACUCACAAGAUCAUAUCCAUGGUUGGAGUUAAUCAACCCUGCUGAGACUUUUGGUGAUAUUGUCAUUGAUUACCCCUAUGUUGAGUGCACUUCAGCUUCAAUUCAAGCACUGAUGGCAUUUAAGAAAUUGUUCCCCGGACAUAGGAGGGAAGAGCUGGAGCAUUCAAUAGAAAAAUCUGCAAAGUUCAUCGAAAAGAUUCAAAAACCAGAUGGCUCAUGGUAUGGCUCUUGGGGUGUUUGCUUCACUUAUGGCACAUGGUUUGGGGUAUUGGGCCUCGUGGCUGCUGGAAGGAAUUCCAACAAUUCCAGUAUCCGCAAGGCUUGUGACUUUCUGUUGUCCAAACAACUUCCUUCUGGUGGCUGGGGAGAGAGUUAUCUAUCUAGCAGUAAAGGGGUUUAUACAAAUAUUGAAGGCAACAGAUCUCAUGUAGUACACACGGCAUGGGCUUUGUUGACCCUCAUUGCUGCUGGACAGGCUGAGAGGGAUCCGAUGCCAUUACAUCGUGCUGCAAAAUUAUUAAUCAAUUCUCAGUUGGAAAAUGGAGAUUUCCCUCAACAGGAAAUAGUUGGAGUCUUCAACAAGAACUGCAUGAUAUCAUAUUCUGCCUAUAAGAAUGUAUUUCCCGUUACUCCUAAAGUUGGACACGGUUCUGGUACGAAACUGAUAUUGGAACCGGCGGUUCUAGAAUCGGAACUGGUACCAGGAACUGCUGGGGAACCGGAAUCAGUUCGACCUACAUUUCAAUCGUCUGCAAAGCUCAACUCUCUCAAUUCUCGUUUGCUUUCUGACAAUCUGAUCGGAACGACUCUUUCACAGUGGCAGGUAUGGAAGAGAUGAAAGAAAUUACGGGUGGAUUUGUAGAAGAAGAAGAAGCUUUGAAAGAUGGCAAUUUAUUUUCUGAAUUGAAGCUCUACUGUAAGAGUGGAAAAUCAGGGAUGAAGGAUGGGUUUAGAAAGGAUGGGAUAAAUUCCAAAUAAGGAAUAAGAGAUAAACACACUCUUAUCUUAAUUUGGAGCCAAAUUAAUACUAAAGGAUAAGCUCACCUCUAGAUUAACUUGGGGUUGAAUUCUAGUAUUUAAUUAAGAUAUGACACACUUAAUCAAAUAUCUAGAACCUAAAACUCACACUUAAGAUAACCACUCUUAAGAUAUAGAAUUAGGAAUUUGGCUAAAAUAGCAUCACACUAUUUUAUAAAUACUCAAAGAGUAAAAGGGAGUUUUAAUAUUCAAAGUUGUGUUUACAAUGGCAAUAGGGCCUGAUUAUAUAGGCAGGUGGAAGGGAGAAGAAAUACACAAUACAUUGAAUGUAGACAUAAGGAAACUUCCUAGCAACAUCCUCUCUCAAAGCCUUGAAAUAUCAGCCAUGUUUUAGGUCCUUUUAUUGGAAAAAAAUCAGGGAUGAGUGUGGUUGUAGGGUCUCCAAUGAAAGGCAAACCAAGGG